AUGGGCAAGGAAGACAAGAAAAAAAUCAAGAAGCAAAAACUCCUGGUAUCUGUUGCCGAGUCGGUGGCCGAAAAGGCCGAGGAAUCCUAUAAUCAACAUCACCUAAACGACACUCCCGAGACCUUGCAUACUCACAACAACGGUGAAUUUGCUGGGCUCACCAGGUAUCAAACCACGGCUGAAGAUGCCCAAAGAUUGGAGAGCGGCAAGUUCAAUCCGUUCACCGGCAAGAAAUUCACCCAAAAAUACAUCGACAUCUUGAAAGUCCGCAGAGACUUGCCUGUUCACGCGCAAAGAAACGAGUUUUUGCGGAUCUUCCAGCUGACGCAAAUCAUGGUGUUUGUUGGUGAGACAGGUUCCGGUAAAACCACGCAAAUCCCCCAGUUCGUGCUAUAUGAUGACAUGCCCCAUUUGAGUGGGAAGCAGGUCGCCUGUACACAGCCCAGAAGAGUGGCGGCCAUGUCGGUGGCGAAGAGAGUGGCCGACGAAAUGGACGUUGAGUUGGGCGAGGAGGUCGGUUACGCUGUGCGUUUUGAGCACAAAAACUCCGACAAGACUAUUCUCAAAUACAUGACCGACGGAAUGUUGUUGCGGGAGGCCAUGGACGACCAUGACUUAUCCAGGUACUCGUGCAUCAUCUUGGACGAGGCGCACGAGAGAACCCUUUCGACCGAUAUCCUUAUGGGCUUGCUCAAACAGGUCACCUUGAGAAGACCGGACUUGAAAAUCAUCAUCAUGUCGGCCACCUUGGAUGCCGAAAAGUUCCAGAACUACUUCAACGACGCCCCUUUGCUUGCUGUUCCCGGUAGAACCCACCCGGUUGAAAUCUACUACACUCCAGAAUACCAAAAGGACUACUUGGACGCGGCCAUCAGAACUGUGUUGCAAAUCCAUGCCACCGAGGAUGAAGGAGACGUGCUCUUGUUUCUCACGGGUGAAGAGGAAAUCGAGGAAGCGUGUCGCAAGAUUCUGUUGGAGGGCGACGAGUUGAUCAGGGAGCAGGAUUGUGGUCCAAUCAAAGUGUACCCCUUGUACGGAUCUUUGCCACCACACCAGCAACAGAAGAUAUUCGACCCCGCACCCGAAAACCACAAGGCCGGUGGCAGACCAGGCAGAAAGAUCAUUGUCUCCACCAAUAUUGCCGAGACAUCGUUGACCAUCGACGGUGUCGUGUAUGUGGUGGACCCAGGCUUCUCGAAGCAAAAAGUAUACAACCCCAGAAUCAGAGUCGAGUCGUUGUUGGUGUCGCCAAUUUCAAAGGCCUCCGCACAACAGAGAGCUGGUAGAGCUGGACGUACGCGUCCAGGUAAGUGCUUCCGUCUUUACACCGAAGAGGCCUUCAAAAAGGAGUUGAUCGAGCAGUCGUACCCCGAGAUUUUGAGAAGCAACUUGGCCUCGACCGUCCUUGAGCUCAAAAAACUUGGCAUCGACGACUUGGUGCACUUCGACUUCAUGGACCCUCCGGCCCCCGAAACUAUGAUGAGAGCUCUUGAGGAGUUGAACUACUUGCAGUGUCUUAGUGAUGAAGGAGACUUGACUGCUUUGGGCCGUCUUGCGUCCUUAUUCCCAUUGGACCCCAUGUUGGCCGUCAUGUUGAUCGGAUCGCCUGCGUUCAAAUGCUCGGAGGAGAUUUUGUCUAUCGUUGCCCUAUUGUCUGUGCCCAACGUCUUCGUGAGGCCUGCGUCGGCCAGGAAGAGAGCCGAUGAAAUCAAAAUGAGCUUUGCCCACCCAGACGGCGACCACUUGACGUUGCUCAAUGUCUACGAGGCCUUCAACUCGGACGAUGCCUACAACGUUGGUUUGCAUCAAUGGUGCAGAGACAAUUUCUUAUCCUACCGCUCGCUCCUUUCCGCACAGAGCGUGCGUUCUCAGUUGCGCCGCAUCAUGGAGCGCCAUGAGCUAGAGUUGGUAAGUACAGACUACAACAGCCCUAAGUACUGGGACAACAUCAGAAAGGCAUUGGCAGCAGGAUUCUUCAUGCAGGUGGCCAAGAAGAAGAGCGGAAACAAGGGUUUCUUGACGGUCAAGGACAACCAAGACGUCUUGAUCCACCCGCUGACUGUGUUGUCCAAGGAAAGUGAGUGGGUCAUCUACAACGAAUUUGUGUUGACGUCCAAGAACUACAUUCGGACAGUGACCACUGUCAGGCCCGAGUGGUUGGUGGAGUUGGCGCCAAAAUACUACAACUUGGAGCAUUUCUCCAAGGGUGACGUCAAGCUUUCUUUGGAGAGAAUCAUUUCGAGAGUGGACACGAUGAAGAAAGUUGCCAAGUAG